CCCUUACAAUAGAAAACCAAAAUGAGGAACUCGUAGAGUACAUUCCCCUCUCCGACCACCUUUGGACUAAAUGUUUGAUCAUCUUCUUGACAACAUUUGAUUUCUAAAAAUCUAUCGGGGAAUAAUGUUUUCCUAUUUUAUUUUUCUGGUCGCCUCCUCAGUUACUUUUCUGUGCACCCACCAAGUGUCCAGUCAAGGUUCUAGCUGCACAGAGUAUCCUGUGUUCACUCCAUCUGCACUGGUAGUGAAGUACGGUGACCCAGCCAAUGUUACAUGUGAUGCAUGUCAGAAGGACUGCAGUGGAGAUGCUUUAGGUUUGGAGCACGCUGUGGGAAAAGUUACAAAAAAUGGAACCACGAUGUUCUGGACGGUUGACAGACUGACUGAAUGGGGCACAUUAGUCAUGUGCUAUUAUAACAAUGAUGCUGGUGAUCAGUGUAGUAGCACUCUGGAUCUAUGUAUCUAUCAGCCUCCAGAAAGUGUCUCCAUCAGCUUUGUAAACCACACUGGGAUGAUGUUUGAGAAUCAGCAGUACACCCUGCAGUGUAGCGUACAGAACGUAGCUCCUGUUCAGAGCCUCACUGUGACCUUCUACAGAGGAAACACAGCACUGGGUCACCUACAGUCCAACAGUGAACAGAAGAAACCAGUGAAUGAGACCUUCACUCUGAACAUCAAUUCCAGUAGAGAAGAUGAUGGAGCCCAGUACUGGUGUGAAGCCAAGCUGAAGCUGGGACCAGCUGGACCACAGCGCCCUCCAGUGGUGACAUCAGAAAAACUCCCUGCUACAGUCUAUUUUGAACCAACCACAACCAGAAAGCCAGAACCUACAACCAUUAAAUCAACAACAAGGUCAACCACAAGAGCCACAACACCCCAAACUACAAAGUCAAUAACUACAACCACCAAAUCAACUACAAGCUCAGCCACAACGACAACAGCGACCACGACAGCACUAAUUGCACAAACAAGCACUACACCAAACAGCAGCUCCAACAGAAUAUUAACUCACAGCUUCAUGUGUUUAAUGCUUCUGCUCUCUGCUGUCAUCUGAUUUCAUAUCAAAAGAUUGCAUGAGCCUUUUAUAACAAUGAAUGUAAUUAGAUCAUAGCAAAUACUUCAUUCAUUUUCUGUAUAGUUUCUUAGCUUUAAAGGCAGUGAGUGAACAGUAUUUAAAUGACUUGUUUUUCUAUAUAUGCACACACAUAACGAUCUAAGGUGACUAGUUAGAGUUGCUUUCUUUUAUUUAGAUCAUUAGAGUCGUUUACAGCUGUGCUAGAAACA